UAUAAACAUAAAAAGUGUAAUUAGCUUGAAGAAGCAAAAUUAGGAAAUGGCCCCCUUCGAGGUGAAGGUAAGCAAGAGCGAGGUUGUGUCAGCAGUGCUUCCAGUGCACGAGCACUGGUUGCCGCUUUCCAACCUUGACUUGCUCUUGCCUCCCGUCGACGUCGGCGUUUUCUUUUGCUACGAAAAACCGACGAAAUUCAUCUCCGGCGCCGGUCAUCACAACUUCGGUUCACUAGUCAAAGUGCUCAAGAAUGCAUUGAGCCAGGCGUUGGUCAUAUACUAUGCAUUCGCCGGAGAGAUGGAUGCCAAUAUGGUUGGGGAGCCGGAGAUCCUUUGCAACAACCGGGGAGUGGAUUUUGUGGAGGCCUACGCUGAUGUCGAGCUCCGGGAACUCAAUUUGUACAACCCCGACGAGAGCGUUGAAGGCAAACUUGUUCCUCUUAAGAAAAACGGCGUCCUGGCCGUUCAGGCGACACAACUCAAGUGCGGAGGAGUGGUGGUGGGAUGCACCUUCGACCACCGAGUCGCCGACGCCUACUCAGCCAACAUGUUCUUGGUGUCAUGGGCCGAACUGUCUCAAUCCAAAACCCUUUCCAUUCUUCCCUCCUUCCGACGGUCGUUGCUUUCUCCUCGCCGGCCCGGCCAAUUCGAGUGUUCCUUAAAUGACAUGUACGUUUUAAUCUCCACAUUACCACCACCUCCUAAGAACGAACCAACAACAAAUUGUACCAUUCUCCCACCAUCAACCCCCAUAAGUCGUAUAUAUUACGUUGAAGCCGAACAAGUCCGCAUUCUCCAACUAUUAGCCAACUACGGUAACAACUGCCCAAAAUCGAAGAGGAGCAAGUUUGAGUCCUUUUGUGCAUUUCUAUGGAAAUUGUUAGCCACUAGGACGAGCGUUAAUAGUACGAGCGACACCAAAACUUACAGUCGGUUAGGGAUUGUGGUCGACGGGAGGACUAGAAUAGUCGAAGGGGACGAUCGAAUCCAAACUAAAUUAGCAAUGGCUACAUACUUUGGAAAUGUUCUUUCCAUCCCAUUUGGAGAAUUCACAAAUAAGGAAUUGAUAGAAUUGCCCUUGAGUUUGAUUGCAAAUGAGGUUCACAACUUUCUUGAUGAGGCAUUGACAAAAGAACAUUUUCUUGGGCUUAUUGAUUUUGUGGAGGCCCACCGUCCUGAACCAUUAUUGGCGAAAAUCUAUGCAUCCAAAGUGACCAAAGAGGAGCCAGCUUUGGUGGUGUCAUCUGGACUGAGAUUUCCUGUUAGGAGAAUGGAUUUUGGCUGGGGCGCUCCAGUUUUUGGGUCUUACCAUUUUCCAUGGGCCUCACAAUCGGGUUACGUCAUGCCCAUGCCAAGCCCAUCUGGAAAUGGAGACUGGGUGGUUUAUAUGCACCUUUCCAAAGAGCAGAUUGAGAUGGUAGAAAAUAAUGCUGCUCAUAUUUUCAAACCAUUUUAUUUGUAUUAAAGUAUUUUUAGUUUCAUUUUUCCUUUUGUUUUUUGGGUUUGCAGGACAUAAAAAAAAAAAUUAAAAAAAAAAGUUGUAUGUAUAUAAGAAUCAACGAGAAGUAAGCGAACUCUAUCGAGUUCCUCUUUUAAUUCUUUUUAAGAAAAAAUGCCUAAAUACGUAGGUUUAAGUGAGCUUUAGGGUAAUUUGUAUUGACUUUCAAUUGUUCACCAUGAUGUCGUCGGACCCAUCGAGUUCUUCC